AUGUUUAAAGACAUGUCUUUUAUGUUCCCUCUGGCAACAGUCAAUUUAACUAAUACUAGGAUUAGAACACUCACGAACCUGAUUGAAUCAAAUGGAGGACAAAUGAAACUCGGUCCAGACACACUAAUGAUUGUUGGCUCUGAUGCAACAGUAGAAUUAUGUCAGAAAUAGUUUGCAAAAUUUAAUCUUGAUUUUGAAUAAUAUCGGUAUUAGUUUCUAAAUGCCGAUUGGGUAUCCUAAUCGUUAUUAAAUAAAAAACUGCAAGAACAGAAGAAGUUUCAGUUGUUCCCUGAAGUAGAAUUUCAGCCAGUCUUAGAGGAAGUUCCAGAAAUCAAAACAAAACUAGUUUAUGUAGAAGCUUUGGCUAAGACCGUGCCAGUGAGAGAAGAGGUGGUUGAGUAAGAUGAUGGAGACAUAUGCAUUUACAAUAUCAAAGAUAAUGAGUUAAGAAAUAAGUAUGAGAAAAGGAUGGAAGAAUUUAGAAGGGAUAUUAUUAAGGAAUAUAAGUAAAUAUUAGAUUAUGAGUAUGAUUAUGAUUUGGAUAAUUUCCAUAAUCAGGUGGAUGAUGGUUAUGAGUAUUUAUUGGAGGAUUUAUCUAUUCUGAAAAAAGAAGAGCCUCAAAUACCUGAGUCUGAGAAAUUCUAUGGUGAUGAUGAUUGCUAGAUAACUGAAACUAGAAAAGUUAAAUUUGAUAUUUUGGAUGGAUUGGAUUUAGGAAAAUCAGUUGUUAAUGUUGAAUAACCCAUAUUGUCUGCUUAAUUAAAGGAAACCAAAUAAUUUAAUCCAGGAUUAAAAAGAAAAUAGUAAUUUUGGGAAGCAAAAAAGGGAUAUUUUGUUUGUGAAGCUGGUGCUGCUCAAAAGUGUCAAAAUAAUGAGAUUAUUGAAGAGUUGGAGAAACUGUUGAAAAUAUAUACAAAUGACAAAGAUAAAGGAAGAUGUAUAGCUUACAGGAAGGCUAUUGGAUUCUUAAAAGCACUGCCAUAUCCAAUCAAAUCUAGUGAUGAUUUAAAGGAUAUGCCUACAAUAGGAGAUAAAAUUAAGAAGAAGAUAAUCGAAAUUAUGUAAACUGGUAAAUUGACUAAAGUAUAAAAAUUGGAAGGAUAAGAAAAAAAUGUUGCCAUCAGCGAAUUAACGAGAGUUUGGGGUAUUGGACCUACCACUGCGGCGACCUUUUAUUUCAAAGGAAUAAGAACUCUGGAGGAUUUGCAAAAGAAUCAACAUUUACUAAAUAGAAAUCAAUAAGUUGGAUUGCAAUUAGUGAAAGAUUUAGAAUAAAGGAUUCCAAGAGAGGAAGCUACCUUAAUAUUUGAGAUAGUGAAGAGAGAAAUCGAUGAUUUAAGUGGAGUCCAAGGAUUAUUUAAGGCCACUGCUUGUGGAUCUUAUAGAAGAGAAAAGGAAACAUGUGGAGAUAUGGAUAUUUUAAUUACAAGGUGUGAUGGUAAAAAUACUGAGGAUUUCCUAUUAAAUUUGAUCAAAAGAUUGGAGGGGAAAUUGUUAACUCAUCAUCUGACAAUGCCAAAAAGAACUGAACAUGAUUGUGAAACUUAUAUGGGAAUUGGAAGAGUAUCUAAUUAAGCUGUGCAUAGAAGGAUUGAUUUAAAACUAUAUCCUAAGGAACAGUAUGGUUGUGCAGUUUUGUACUUCACUGGCUCUGACCAUUAUAAUAGAAGCAUGAGAUUGUGGGCUCAGAAAAAUGGAUAUACUUUAAGUGAUCAUGGACUCUACCCUACUCAGAGAGGUGCUCAUAAUAAGAAGUUGUGGAAAGGAGAAGUGAUACCAUGCGAAGAAGAAAUGGAUGUGUAUAAGAUUUUAGGAUUGAAGUACAAACCCCCGAAGGAGAGAUCGGUAUGA